AAGAGUGAUUUUUGGUGGACAUCGAGGGUUCAUGGAAAGAUGGAAAAUGGGUUGGAGAUUUCUGGGUAGAACCGUGGAAGAUGAAUUUUUUUUUUUUGUUUUUUGUUUUUUCUGAUUUUCGGGGUUUGAUUAGAAAAAAAAGGGGAUGUGGGUUUUUUGUGGGUGAGAUUUCUUUGUUUUUUGUCUUGAGAAAAUAAUGGGGAAUAUAUGAGGCUGUGGAGUAAAGUUGUGGGAUAAAAUGUUUUUUCGUUUUUGGGUGUUCCCGUGUGCUUCUGUUCACAUGUUGGGGGAGUGUGGAAACAGAUGCUCUCUCUUGGCUACGGGAAUUCUUCGAUGGCGAAGCUGGUUUGUGGGUGCCGCUGAAAUGUGUUUUUGAUACAAAAUGGUGAUGGUGGAAGUGAGAGAGUGUGGUGGAAGUAGGAGGAUUCCUCUAUUUUUUAGAUGUGUGUGCUCUGGAUUGCAUUCAGCUAUAGGUGGAUGACAAUGGAGGGUUCUUCUGAGUCGGGUUGGCGUAAUUCUGAUAUUUCUAGGGGAUUGAAUGUUUCUAUAGUUUCGCACAGGAGAAAUCCCAGGCAGCGUCAUGCGAAUAGAAUUGGCUUGUCUGGAGGUGCAUCACAUGAUUCUGGAUUUAUAUCUGGGAGGAAGGAGAGAGAUCAUGUUCUGUCGUCUCAUACUAAGAACCAUAAAAACCAGGUCGGUAUUUCUCAAGUUUGUGAUGAUGAUGUAGCUUUGGACCCUUUUGUUCGGGCAAUAGAAUGGGGUGAUGUUAGCUUGAGGCAUUGGUUGGACAAACCAGAACGAAGAGUUGAUGCGCUUGAAUGUUUGCACAUAUUUACUCAAAUUGCAGAAAUUGUUAAUGCAGCACAUUCACAAGGAGUAGUUGUUAAUAAUGUGAGGCCUUCCUGUUUUGUCAUGUCAUCUUUCAACCAUGUUUCCUUUAUUGAGUCAGUAUCCUGCUCAGAUUCAGGUUCUGAUUCUUUGGAGGAUGGGUCGAACAGCCAUACCGAGGAGGAUAAUGGAUUAUCUUCUUUGCCUGAUGACUUGCAUCUGCAGAAAAGCCGGUCAGGAAAUGAAGAUUUUUUACCCACGAUAAUGCCAACAAAUGCUUCUCAGAUUGUAUCAUCAGAAACCAGUUGCAUGCAAUCAAGUUCAGUUUCUGCAACACAUGUGACAUUAGUAGUAGAAGAUAGAGAAGAAUAUAAAAGUACAGAUAGAAGAAGUGUUGAACAAUCAGAAGAAAAGAAGCAAACCUUUCCGAUGAAGGAGAUAUUGCUCAUGGAAACCAAUUGGUACACGAGUCCAGAAGAGAUUUCUGGUGCUCAGACUUCCUGUGCUUCUGAUAUUUACCAAUUGGGCGUCCUCCUUUUUGAGUUAUUCUGCACAUUUAGCUCAAGAGAAGAAAAGAGCAGAACUAUGUCUUGUUUGAGGCAUCGAGUUCUUCCUCCUCAGUUGUUGUUGAAGUGGCCAAAGGAAGCUUCAUUUUGCCUAUGGUUGCUGCACCCUGAGCCAAGUAGUCGGCCAAAGAUAAGUGAAUUGUUACAAAGCGAGUUUCUUACCGAACCAAGGGACAAAAUGGAAGAACGUGAAGCAGCAAUAGAGCUUAGAGAGAGAAUAGAGGAGCAGGAAUUGUUGCUGGAAUUUCUUUUGUUGAUGCAACAAAGAAAACAGGGAGCUGUGGAUAAGUUGCAAGAUACCAUUUCUUUUCUAUCUUCUGAUAUUGAAGAAGUCGGAAAACAGCAAGCUAUUCUUAGGAAAAGGGGAGGCUCAUACCAAGAACUGGUCAAGGAUGAUCAAUCAACAUCUGAUCUUUCUCCAAUGGAUGUUGAUGAAAAUGAGGAUUCCACUAGUGUCAGGUCUAGGAAAAGAUUCAGACAAGGAGUUCAUCACAUAAAGGAAUUGGAUGAUACUUUAAACAAUGGCCAAAAGUUGGGCAUGAAUGCUGAAAAUCCAGAAAUUCUCAUUUCCAAAAGUUCUCGAUUAAUGAAGAACUUUAAGAAACUAGAGUCAGCUUAUCUUUUGACAAGACACAAGCCAACAAAGCCAUCAGGGAAACCAUCCAAUAAAAUCUCCCCCCCGAGUAGUAAUGGUAGAGGAUCUAUUGUUGUAACUGAAAGAAGUUCAGUUAAUAAUUUGGCAUCAAAAGACCAGUACAAUGAGCACGGACAAAGUGGAUGGAUAAAUCCAUUUCUUGAUGGUUUGUGCAAGUAUCUAUCUUUCAGUAAGUUAAAAGUUAAAGCAGACUUGAAGCAAGGGGAUCUAUUAAAUUCUUCCAACCUAGUAUGCUCUGUCAGUUUUGAUCGGGAUGGAGAACUUUUUGCUACAGCUGGUGUAAAUAAGAAGAUUAAAGUAUUUGAAUGUAAUUCAAUCCUAAAUGAAGAUCGUGAUAUCCACUAUCCUGUAGUUGAAAUGGCUUGUAGGUCAAAGCUAAGCAGUAUAUGUUGGAAUAGUUAUAUCAAAAGCCAGAUUGCUUCCAGUAACUUUGAAGGUGUAGUACAGGUAUGGGAUGUUACAAGAAGUCAAGUACUUACAGAAAUGAGAGAGCAUGAGAGGCGUGUAUGGUCCAUCGACUACUCAUUAGCAGAUCCAACAAUGUUGGCUAGCGGCAGUGAUGAUGGUUCAGUUAAGCUAUGGAGUAUCAAUCAGGGAGUAAGUGUUGGUACCAUCAAAACGAAGGCCAAUGUAUGCUGUGUUCAGUUUACCCCAGACUCUGGCCGUUACCUUGCUUUUGGUUCAGCUGAUCAUAGAAUUUAUUACUAUGAUCUCCGUAACUCAAAAAUACCUCUGUGCACAUUACUUGGGCACAAUAAGACUGUGAGUUACGUCAAGUUUGUAGAUUCAACGCAUCUUGUUUCUGCAUCCACGGAUAACACUCUGAAGCUCUGGGAUUUGUCAAUGUGCACGGCUCGGGUUCUUGAAGGUCCACUUCAAUCAUUCACUGGCCAUCAGAAUGUAAAGAACUUUGUAGGUUUGUCUGUAUCCGAUGGUUACAUUGCUACGGGCUCAGAAGCAAAUGAGGUUGUCAUCUACCACAAGGCCUUCCCCAUGCCAGCACUGACAUUCAAAUUCAACAGCAUGGACUCUGACUAUGAAUCAGAUGAUUCUGCACAAUUCAUCUCUUCUGUAUGUUGGCGCGGCCAAUCAUCCACCUUAGUUGCUGCAAACUCUGCUGGAAACAUCAAGAUUUUGGAGAUGGUUUAGUUUGGUAGAUCCCCACCAAAAUUAUCAAAGACCCCAUCAUCAAAAAGAAGGAAAAUUUGGUGUUAUAAAUGGAGAAGAAUAGAUAGAUAGAAAAAAAAUUGAAAAAAAAAAAAAAAUCAAUCACAGCAAUUUGUUUUGCUGAGGUUUCUUUUCAAAAGGAAGAUAUAGUAAUUGAUUAUGACAAACUACAUAACAAAUUUUGUCAUUCGAUCAUACCAGAUGCAAGCAAUGUGAAGAUUGAGAACAGCCUUCUGAUCAAAUGCAUUGUGUAUAUAAAAAAAAUUUCGAAGAAAAAGAAGUGGAGAAUUGCUA